AUGCCGCCAUUCGGAGACGAGCAUAAGGACGUUGCACCCAACAAAACCUUCAGAGGCACCCGCUGGGCCAACGACAACCGUCACUGCGGGAUGUGUGACCCUUCCGUCGCUCACCUCAAAUCGCACUUCUACGCCUCCUCGAGCAGCAGCAGCAGCAGCAAUAAAUACACCACUCCACUAGGGGCCGUCACCAGCCAUUGCAGGAAGACCACUGUGCCUCAGUGCCAUGAAACCCGAAUUGCAUUGACAGGCCAAUUCGGAAAACCCUGUCGCAUCCUCCCCCAAUUAUGCAGAAACACAUCCGUCGUGCAUGUGUCCACCGCAGCCAAAUGA